UUAAUGUUAUUUAAAAAAAAACAAGUAAACACUAAACUAAACAUAACCUUAAUUACUUGGAAAAAUAUAAUUGUAUUUUAAUUAAUAUUUUAACGCAAUGUUAUGUAGAAGAGUGUGUAUCAAAUUAAAAAAAUACUUCAUUUCUGGUCAAAAUCACUCAAAAUAUAGUGUAAUAUCUUCUGUACUGGAAAAAGCUAAAAUCGGUGAAGUUGCUGAAAUUAAGGGUUGGGUAAAAAGUCUUCGGAUACAGAAAGAUCACAUUUUCGCGGACGUAAACGACGGCUCUUGUGCUCAAAAGUUGCAAAUUCUCAUUCCCAAGCAUCUUAAAACCGACGCGUUGACGUACGGUAGCUCCGUGCACAUAGCUGGAAAACUUUCGAAAAGUCCUCGCGGUCAACUGGAGUUGCUAGCAGAAAAUGUUACUGUACUUGGCAAAUGCGUAGUCUUGGACGGUUACCCUUUUAAUCCGCGUACUGCGCACCCUCCCGAGUACGUAAGACAAUACCUACAUUUACGAUCACGCACUAAUUACUUUUCCGCUAUAUUAAGAGUGAGGAAUGCACUUACCAGGCACAUCCAUGAAUAUUUCGCAUCUAAGAACUACUUGCAUAUCAACACUCCUAUUUUAACGUCUAACGAUUGUGAAGGCGCAGGAGAAGUCUUUAAAGUGCAGCCUGAAAACGAUGAAACUAUUAAGGUGAUGAUGCAAGAAGGAUGUAAUAGAGAUACAGUAUAUUUCGGCACCAAGACAUACUUGACUGUAUCAGGCCAGUUGCAUUUAGAAUCUAUUUGUAGAGGAAUGGGCAAUGUCUACACUCUGGGUCCAACUUUUAGAGCUGAAAAUUCCAGGUCAAGGCUACAUCUAUCAGAAUUUUACAUGUUGGAAGCAGAAAUAGCCUUCUGUGAAAGCAUAUUAAAACUACAGGAUGUUAUAGAGGAUUUAUUGAAAUAUUUAUUUGUCGAGACAUGGAAUACCAAUGAGUCAGACAUGUUUUUAAUUGAUAAGAAUAACAGAGCACCUAAGUGGACAAAUAAAGAUUUCAUUACAUUAACAUAUGAUGAGGCAAGGAAUAUUUUAGACAAGAAAGGUUUAAUAUCAACUGAGGAAGGCAUUAAUAAGGAGCAAGAAUUAGCCCUAGUGGAUUAUUGUAAAGUACCAGUUUUUGUAACACAAUGGCCCAAAGAUUUGAAGUCAUUUUAUAUGAAGGAAUCUCCUUUAGACAGUACAAAGGUGGACGCUUUAGACUUGCUAGCACCAAUAACUGGUGAGAUUGUCGGUGGGAGUCUCAGAGAAGAUAACUAUGAUAAACUAAAGAGAAAACUGCCAUCUGAACAGUUGAACUGGUAUUUAGAACUGAGGAAAUUUGGUAACAUACCCACUGGUGGCUUUGGUUUAGGACUUGAGAGAAUAAUGCAGGUUUUAUGUAAUAUAUCUAAUAUCAAAGACACCUUGCCAUUUCCAAGAUGGCCACACAAUUGUGAUAUGUAAUUUUAUUUAUUGUUGAAAAUAAUUGUUAAUUUAAAAUAUUGUGUUAUGAAGAAAUAAACUGUUGAUAGACUG